CACAACAAAAACCAAGAGGAGCUGACGCGCAGACGCCGAGCUAUGAUUUAAUGGACUAAUAUUAGUGUCCCCUCUUUCAGAAAUUAUAGGAAAAAGCUUCUGCUCAACAAGUAUGGUAGCUAGUUAAGGACUGGCACUUUGCAUUGAGUUUGGAGUGACUUUUCUUUUUUCAUUAUUCUGGUUCACCUUGCAGCCAUAUUUUGGAUCAGGACGCACUGAAUUAUCCCGCUGUGGUCAGGUAAAAAAGAGGCUUUAUUCAAAGUCAGUGUGGAUUUAAAUGAUCAUAUUUCACCUGAUUUAUUCCUGGAAUUGAAAUCAGCCCUCUUAGGUUAUAAAAAAAACAAUUCUGUUUGUUUAUUUCAGAUUUGAAAUCAGCCUGACGUUUAAACAUAAUUGUUUGGCUUACUAAAACGCAGAAAGGAGUUUUAUAAACUAAUGUUUUUUUUUCUAGAAGUAAACAGAAACUUAAACACGCUACAGAUAUUUUUGCGGAAUACACAGAUGUAAAGAAGGCUCGUGCAAAGUGCAGAACUGUGCUGCAGCUGCGUGAAGAAAGGAUUUGGAUGAACUCAGAAUCAGAGAAAAAUAAUCAGAUCUUCAGCUGUUAAACGUCUGCUUUAUUCAAAAAUCAACACAAAACAUACAGAACCUCAAUAUCCAAUAAGUUCAAGAAUGUAACAACCUCUUUCUUUAAUUGAUUCAUUUCGAAUGCACUGAUUUAUGUUACAUUUGAUUAUUUUUAUAAUUUGUUUACCACAAUAAAUACAUUUUCUAAUUCGGUAGCCUAAACAGAUGUGUCUUUAUUACUUAAUAAAUAUACACAAACAAAUCGAAUAACCACAGUUUGGCGAAUUGGCGUGAGACCUCUUGCUGCUGACCUGGAAACAAGAGGCUGACUUUUUAAGAGCUAAAACGUCCCGUCCCCCCCCACAAUUUGUCUUCAAUAAAACAACGACAAAAACCUGUUCCUAACCUGACACAAUGUUGUUCAUCAGACUACUGGCUAUAUUCCUUGUUUUCAUCACAAACACGUGGCUGCUCAGCCCGGUUCGCUCCGAUGCAAUGAGCCGGAACAAGCGCAGCAUGGCCCGGCGGGCAGACAGUGAGCUCUCCAGGCUAGCAGGUGAACCCUGCACCUCGUCCGGCGUCUGGAGGUCCCUGCGGCAACCCCGCUCCCUCUCCCCGUCCCAAUACCGCCCUCCAGCGGUCCGUCCGAGGACACACACGAGCCGGAGAGAGCCGUACAGUGUUAAGAGCGCUCCUUCGGUUUGUGAGGGAGGGUGCAGCAGGUUUGACACCGGGGUCCACCGGGUCGCUGCCGCGGGGGAGGAUGUGGCGGAGAGCGCUGGGGACGGAUAUGAUACGGUUACCGGACGGCACUUUGAGAACAGCCACACAAACGACAAGCGAAAGAUAAAUUAUGUCAGUGAAAGCACCACGCAGCAGCCCGGAAAGCCUCUCCUUAAAGACCCCGGGAAAACCGUGUCCUCCUCGGGCCACACGAAGCCCUCCCGCAGCACUCUCUCGAGGGUCACUCGCAGCCUCCUCGGCGCGUCUACGUACGAGGAAGACGGUAACUCCAGCUGGGAGAAAGUUUUCCCUGACAGCUCAACAGAUUCCAGGGGUCUCCUGGUACUCUCCAGGCUGCAGCAGGAAGAUGGAGACCAGCAGUCCUCCACCGGUAACAUUGAGGAUAGUACCGAGGACUACUCCGGGGAAGUGGUGGAGGAGGAACAGCCCGCGAACAUGCCUGUUGGGAGUUCCCUUCCCUGGGGGAGUCCCUUGCCAAGGGUGCCCCCUUCCUGGAUGACUGCCCUGUACUUCAGUGGACGCAGGGAGCAGCUGAAGGUGAAACCGGCUGCAGGGGUGGAGCUGCCGAGGGCCAAGUUCAGCCUGGAGCUUUGGGUGAAGCCUGAGGGAGGGCAGAGCAACCCUGCAGUCAUAGCAGGUGUAUUUGACAACUGUUCCUAUUCACUAAGUGAGAAGGGCUGGUCGGUAGGUGUCCGCACUGUGGAACCCGCCAGUUCCAAAGACGCACGGUUUUACUUCACGCUUCGCACAGACCGAGCUUUAAAAUCCACCACUGUCUUAAGCCACCAGCGUUACCGAGCCAACGCCUGGACUCACCUGAUGGCUACUUACAACGGCCACAACAUGACCCUGUAUGUUGAUGGAGCUAAGGUGGGAGAGAGCAGUCAUCAGUCGGGGAAUCUCUACAGUCCUUACAUGAAGACAUGCAGAACCCUAUUCCUCGGCAGUAACCAAUCGGAUCAGGGAAACAGCUUCAGGGGCCACAUAGGGGGUGUGGUGCUGUGGGGCUAUGACCGCUCCCAUGAGGACCUGCUAAAGCGGCCACUUCAAACUGAUAAAAGCGAGCCAUUGGUGGCAAUGUGGGCUGACUUCACUAAUGUGGAACAGCUAUGGACUCCUAACAAAGUUGGCCUCCAUCCAACAAUCAUCACCACUCCUGUCCCUGAACAAGAACUAGUAUCCCCAUUCCUGCCGCCACCCUGUGGCCUGACACCCUGCGACAACACCGACAUCAUCUCCGGCUACAACAACAACUGGCAGCUCCGUGCUAACAAGCAAGUUCGCUACCAGAUCGUCAACCUCUGCAAUGACUCUGGCGGAAAUCCCACCGUGUCUGAAGCCCAGAUCCAGCUCCAGCACCUGGCUCUAACUGAGGCAUUCCGCCCUUACAACAUCACCCUGGAUCUGAGCGUGCACACUGUCAGAAACUCCAGCUUCAGAGAGCGGUUUAUCCUCAGCAACUGUCGGAUUGGGAAGAUUGGGAACCGCAAAUGUGACCCUGAGUGCGACCACCCGAGGACAGGCCAUGACGGAGGGGACUGCCUUAGAUUGGGACUCUGCUACAACUGGAAGAGACAGGAUGGAGUUUGUAACAUGGAGUGCAACAGUAUACACUAUGACUACGAUGAUGGAGACUGCUGUGACCCGGGGGUCACUGACGUCCUCAAGACCUGCUUCGAUCCCGAGUCCCCUGACAGGGCCUAUAUGAGUGUAAAAGAGCUAAAGGAGGCCCUACACCUGAGCGGCACUGACAACCUCAAUGUAUUCUUUGCCAGCAACUCAGUGCGUGAAGAGCUGGCAGGAGCUGCAACCUGGCCAUGGGCAAAAGAGUCUCUAACCCACCAAGGUGGGAUGGUUCUGAGCCCGUCCUACUUUGGUACCAUGGGCCACCAGAACACCAUGAUUCAUGAGAUGGGCCACAUACUUGGACUUUACCAUGUUUUCAAGGGGGUGAGCGAGCGGGACUCUUGUGAUGACCCAUGUCAGGAGACCACCCCAUCCAUGGAGACAGGAGAUCUGUGUGCUGACACUGCACCAACACCCAAAUCAAAAGCCUGCCAUGAUCCCGGAACCGUCAAUGAUUCCUGCGGAGUCACCAUGUACCACAACACACCUUAUAGCAACUACAUGAGUUACACAGAUGACAACUGCACCAACCAUUUCACCCCCAACCAAGUGGCCCGAAUGCACUGUUAUCUGGAUUUGGUCUACCAGAAGUGGCUAAUGGACCAGCAGCCGUCUCCCAUCCCUCUGGCCCCCAUAGUGACGGACCAGAGUCCAGAUUCUGUCUCCAUCUAUUGGCUGCCACCUUUGAGGGGAAUGCUUUACCAGAGCUCCUCAUUCCAUGUGUCUGGAAUCAACUGCGGAGACUGUGAGAAAGACGGCGUUUUGCACCAAUAUGCCUCGGAGGCUACAUCACCUCGCAUCUGUGACACGUCAGGCUACUGGACCCCCGAGGAAGCAGUCGGCCCGCCCGAUGUGGAGCAGCCCUGUGACCCCAGCCUCCAGGCCUGGAGUCCUGAGCUCAGCCUUUAUGACACAAAUGUGACCUCGCCGUGUCCCGACACUGAGGGCUGCACCCUCACACUACGGUUCCUCCACCUAAUCGUCCCACACGCACUCACCCUUUGGGUCACCUACAUUUCAUCAAAUAACCCAGCUAUAGCCAACAUAGAGCUGAUAACAGACACGGGGAAAAGCAUCAAUCUCGGACCGCAGCACGUCUUUUGCGACAUGCCCCUCACGUUGCGCCUCGACACCAACAAUGCUGCCGUUGCCACUAUAAAACUCUGCACCUUCGACGAGAAGAUGGAGAUCGACGCCGCCAUGUUGUCUUCAGGCCCCGGCAGCCCUCUGUGCGCCGGCUGCCAACCCCUGGUUUACAGGAUUCAGCGGCAGCCGCCCUUCGCCAGCAAGUCCCCCCCGCCUCAGACACAGCAGACGUUCACCGACAGCUCUGUAAGGCAGGGAGUCAGGUACCACUACACAAUCCAAGUGGAAGCAGAAGUACUCCUCAGCGACCCGUCCCCAUCUCUCCUCUACACCCACGGGCAAUCCUACUGUGGAGACGGCCUCAUCCAGGGGACAGAAGAUUGUGACGACACUAAUCUUCUGGAUGGGGACGGUUGCUCUAAGAAAUGCCACAAGGAGAUUGGCUUCAACUGUCAUGGUGAGCCAAGUCAGUGUUAUGUUUUUGACGGUGACGGUGUGUGCGAGGAGUUUGAGAGGGGCUCCAGCGUUCAGGACUGUGGUUACUUCACACCUUUGGGCUACACCGACCAAUGGGCAUCCACCGCCACUGCUUCUCACCAGGACCCCGACCACUGUUCAGCCAAUGCUGCCACCGGAGAGCCAUCGCUUACCAAGCUUUGCAGGUACCAACACCUGGAGGUGAGUGAGAGAAUGCCCACGGACGCCUGGUUCCCCUGUGUAGCUCAGUCCGACACAAACAAUGACCUGGAACAUCCAUUUUGGCUAAAGGUGGGAUUUCUCCACCCUGGAGUGGCAGCCUCUGUGAUGGUGUACCUGGCUUCAGAUGGGUCAUGGUCUGGGGAGCAAUGCCGGAGGACAGCCACCAUCCUCCUGUCUGAUACUACUGGCAAAAACCACUCACUAGGCACGCAUGACCUCUCAUGCCAUCGGAACCCGUUGGUGGUGAAUGUGACCCAUGACCUUUCUCGACCCUUCUUCAUCACAGCGUCUGUUAUCCUCCUCUUCUCCUCCCCCUUUGUGGCAGUGGGAGGCGUGGCCCUGAGGACCUCCUGCCACUUUAGCACCUUCGCCCUGACCGGCUGUUUGCGGCAACCGUGUCAGUUGGACAGCUGCAGGCCUCCCCAUUUAGAGCACGCCACUGUCAGGUGUACAGGAGGAGGGGAGUCCUCUCACUGCUCAGUUCAAUGUCGUCAUGGUUUCAGCAUCAGUGUCCAAAACAGCAGGGGAACCGUAUCCCACCAGAGAGAUGCUCAUCUGGAGUGUUUCCAUGGUUCCUGGGAUCGUGUGGUCAGCUGUCAGCCUGUAGACUGCGCCCUGCCCGAUCAGUCUCAUGUCUACCACGCUAUAUUCAGCUGCCCCUGGGGAACCACCUUUGGAAAACAAUGCUCCUUCACCUGUGGAUCACCAGCUAUACUGCAAGGUGACAGUGACCGGUUGGUGUGCUUGGAGGACGGUCUCUGGUCUUUCCCAGAGGCCUACUGCAAGAUCGAGUGUGCAGAGGUUCCAGACAUACCCAAUGCCAAACUGCUUACUGCAGACUGCCUGGCCUCAGGGCACGAUGUUGGCUCUGUGUGCCGUUACAAAUGCAACACAGGCUUCUAUGUAAUGGGGAGCAUCAAAAAGAAGACACCGCGGAAGUUUUUAAAGAUGGAGUGCCUGGAGGGGGGGCAGUGGAAGACAAGUACCUGUGAGCCCAUAUCCUGUGCAGCCCUGCCCGAUGUGUUCCAGGGCAUGUACAGCUGCACCAAUGGCCUGUACUAUGACUCCCUCUGCACCCUGAGGUGCCCGGAUACCACAGAGAAUAGGGAGAUCCGCUGCUCUAAGGGUGGUGAAUGGACUGCAGAGUUCACCAUGUGCUCCACGCUACAGGGAUCGUGCUCUCCUCCUCCCAAUCUCAACUCGGUAGAGUACAGCUGUGAACAGGGGAUGGAUGUCGAUGCUGUUUGCUACCCAACAUGCAUUGUGGCUCUGGACAUGGAUCUGCGUGAUCCGGUGGUUCUACCCAAUGACAAUACAGUUGAGUCUUUAAAGCACUGGAUGCUACCAACCACAGUCCAGAGCAUAGUCUGCACAGGGAUGAUGAAGUGGUACCCUGACCCGCAACACAUCCAUUGCAUCCAGUCAUGUGAGGUAAGAGCCAAACAGCCAAGCAGCAACAAAGGAGUAUUUUCAAAUACUUUCCAUCGAGGAAAGAAGCUGUCUGAUUUGGAGAGGGUAACUUCUCUAAAGGUCUACAACUGGUUUGCCAAUCGGCGUAAAGACAUCAAGAGGCGCGCUAACAUUGAAGCAGCCAUCUUGGAGAGCCAUGGCAUCGAGGUCCAGAGUCCAGGCGGUCAGUCCAACAGCGACGAGGUGGACGGCAACGACUUCCCCGACCAGGGCUGCGAGGUGUCCUUAUUCGACAAAAGAGCUUCAGCCAGGCAGUUCGGAUUCAGUCGAACUGACCUGUCCUCUCCAACCCAGGUCCCCACGCUGCUCCCUAGCUGGUUCUCCGCUCUGAGCAGAGGAAGCUUGUCAGGACAGAGGGGUACGACUCUGAUUGGCCGCUCCUUAGUGUCAGCGGCUGGCCCUCAGGCGGAGGCGUCCAGAUUGACAGGCGUGUCCUGGUCCCCCCCCUCCCCCUCCCUGCAGGACGAGCCCACGCUGUCCGAGCCCCAGGACCCAAUCAGUUUGGAGAAGGCGUCUGUCAAUCACAGCAAUCAGGUGGAGGGGGCGGGCUGCAGCGGCGGGAUUGACAUCAAGACGGAAAUGCUGGAGGAUGACUGAAACGGUCAGCGGACAUUUUAAUUGGUCGAAUGGAGAAGGAUCAGAGAGCCUUCAGUUGCCUUGCUGUACGGUUUUCUUUUGAAAGGACAAGCUGACUGAUAUUUCAGAUCCGACCCCCGGGAUUGACUUGGUGGAAACCAUUCACCAUAUAAUGUAGAUGUUCCAGUCUUAAUGUUGUUUAAUCAGCUCAUGACUGUCAAUAUAACUUGAUUAAAAUGUAAAAAAAGAAAACCUAAAGUGGGGUUUCCAUUUCAUUUUGCAAUAAACAAUUCAAUAAGUGUACAGAAUGAAACUGUUAGACCUCAGCAGGACGUUUGUUGUGUCACUUUGAUUUGUAUCCUGGGUUCUUUUCUAUUUCAAGAUUUAGUGCCUUUUUAGGACGGUAGACUGUUCUGUAAUAGCGAUGUAGAAAAUCUACAUAUGCCUUUUGUUACUUUUUCAUCUGUUGGAUAAACCUUAUUUGUUAUUUUUAAGGUGUGUUUUUAUUGAUAUUCUAUUUACAAGGGAAUAAAAAGUGAUCUGAGUCAAA